AUGAUUUCCUGCCCUAUUGGUACAGAUGUAUGGCAGAUCACUACAAAAUUGUCCCAUUCCAUUUACUCUGUCCUCUCCUUUCAGGCUCCUGAGAAGCAGCAGGAAAAUGCCACCUGGCUGGUGACCGAGUUUGUGCUGGUGGGUUUCUCCAACCUCCCACACCUGAGGUACACCCUUUUCGGGCUCUUCUUCCUCACAUACCUGGUCACCCUCAGUGGCAACAUCACCAUCAUCAUCAUCAUCCAGGUGGAUCCGACCCUUCACACUCCCAUGUACCGCUUCCUGGCCGUGCUGUCCCUCUCCGAGACCUCCUACACGCUGGUCACUAUCCCCAACAUGCUGGCCCAUCUGCUCAUGGAGAGCCAGGCCAUCUCCAUCCCUGGCUGUCGGGCUCAGAUGUUCUUUUUCCUGGGCCUGGGAUGCAGCCAGUGCUUCCUCCUUACCCUGACGGGCUAUGACCGCUACGUGGCCAUCUGCCACCCCCUGCGGUACUCGGUGAUCAUGAGACCCACAGUGUGUCUCCGCCUGGGAGCCCUGGUUUUCUGCUCCGGCUUCUCGGUGGCCUCGAUUGAGACCAGCAUGAUCUUCUCCUCGCCUUUCUGCGGCAGCAACCGCGUGGAGCACUUCUUCUGUGACAUCACGCCGGUCCUGAAGCUCAGCUGCUCUGAGAGCGCCGGCAAAGCGCUGGCCAUCUUCUUCCUGAGCGUCCUCGUGGUGCUGGUCUCCUUCCUCCUCGUCCUCCUCUCCUACGUCUUCAUCGUGGCCGCCAUCGUGAGGAUCCCUUCCACCGCCGGCCGGCGCAAGGCCUUCUCGACCUGCGCGGCCCACCUCACCGUGGUCAUUGUGCAUUUUGGCUGCGCCUCCAUCAUCUACCUGCGGCCCGAGUCCAGGGCCAGGCCUGAGCAGGACCGCCUGGUGGCUGUGUUCUACACGGUGGUGACGCCGCUGCUGAACCCCGUGGUGUACACGUUGCGCAACAAGGAGGUGCGGGUGGCUCUGAGGAGGACCCUGGGGCGGAACCGCGGGGUUUUUCAAUAA